AAUAGUGAUAAAAAUAGCACUUGUCAUCCUUAUUGGUCACACUGUCGCAAAUAGUCAUCGCUCCAAGAAACCCAACUGGAGACAGGGCUUUUAUUUAAAUCCAUCAAGAACACUCUCAUGGUAGCGUUUGGGAAAAGAAGUAACAGUAAUAACGCUAGGAAUAGCGUUUAAUAAUAACAAGGAAAUGGUGAACAACAUGUACAAACUGAAGCACCUAAGGAGGUACCACCAUUCGAGAAGUUCUUGAGCUACCUACCAAGAGGAACGGCUUCAAUCGCUGCAGAAAAAAACAGAGUCCAAGCCGAAAAACGCCCAUCUACAAAGAAGAUCAACACCUUCCAGACUGCAAGAAGUUUGACGAUAUGUCGACAAAGGAGCGUUGGCAAAUCGUCAAGGAAAAUCAGUUGUUUCAGUUACGUAAAUCACCACAAAAGGACCAAGUGUACCAGUCCCUACUCUUGUAGAAGUGGCAACAUCACCGCAUGCUUCAUAUCGAAAGCCCUAAGGAAAAUAAUCAUAGAAUGGAAGUAGCCAGUAAACGAAAGAUCGAGAUCAAAAUCAAACCCAUGAUUCCCCAUUAACUUCAGAAUCAAAAACCAGCUGCUGAUUAUGAAGCAGCUCACUUCAACGUUACCAGUCCGUCCAAGAAGAUCAAGUGUACCAGACCAUACUCUGGCGCUAUUCACCACCUGAACCUAUCCAGGAGUACCCACCGACUAACCACAGUCACGUAUGGCACAACGUCCGCACCAUAUUUGGCGGUAAGAACCCUGCAACAGUUGGCAAAAGACGAAACUGAGCAGUUCCCAGAAGCGGAAACAAUCGUCAAACGGGACUUCUAUAUGGACGACCUAAUCACGCGAUCGUACCACCAAGCUGCGAAGUGUCUUCAUCAGCAGUUGAUCGAGUUGCCGAAGCGCGAAGGGUUCAAACUAAGGAAGUGGAAAACAAUUGCAAGGAGCUCACUUCCACCCUGCCGAAUAAACUACAGUUUAUGGAUCUUGGACCAGAAGACAAAGAACACCCUAAGCGUACAAUGGGGAUCGAUCCAAGAUGUCUUUCGUUUCAAGGCCGAUCUAACUCCGAAGAACACACGUACCAAGCGAAGGACUCUAUCCCAGAUCGCAAGAUCAUUAUGACCCCCUAGGCUCCCACGGUAAUCCGGAUUAAGCUGUUCGUGCAGGAACUGUGGACAGAAGCCAUUGACUGGGACAAGAAACUUCCAGGCCAUUACCAAUGGAGGCGGAAAUCGAGCUGGUAUUGUGUCAUAUCCACAGGUUAUGUAAACGCACUUGUAGAUAUUGCAUUGAUUGCCGAUCGUUGCUGAAAUUGUCAAGUAGACAACCUACUUAGGUGGGUGACUUAAAUUGUAAUAACGAGAACAGAGAUGACUACGAACCUUCCAAGAAGAGACACGUAUAAGUAAAUAGUUAAUAGAUAAAUGGUUUUUAUUAAAAGUAGUACCUAAUUACCCUCCGAACAUAACAUGGCGACCGUGACAGUUAAAUAAGGGGAAGUGUCCAGGGGUAAAAUAAUGGAAUUGGUGACAAUCAUGACGACCCAGUAACAUGGCUCAUUUCGAGUACAUUUCGCCGCACAUCAUUAACUACAUUUUAGGUAAAUUAGUAGGAUUGCCAUCCAAAAUGGGUAGUGGAGCCAGUUCAUAUGGAAAAUAGAGAAAUGGACCAUAAGAUGUUAAAACGGAGGUAUGCUUCAAGUCAACCUAGUUUAUAAAAUAAUGCAACGUAAUAAGUGUCAGUUUUGCACACAUUUUUUUGGACUUCACGCAUGUAAUUGCAGAACGUUCGUAUGUAGGUCGUUUUAACUCGUAAGUGUAAUUUAGACUUUGAACGUUUCAGUUAGGUACUAUGAGUGACAUUAAUUCUUUAAAUAGAUUUAAUUUUAAGUAGGUACUAUUAUUAAUUAUAAAUAGAAUGCGAAUAAUGCAUACAAUUUCCACGUCUAGCUAGGUCACAGAAAUAAUUCUUUUACAUGCCUAUUACUUACACAUGGCAAGAAAUUCAAAAUAAAUUGACUGAACUUAAACAAGAGUUCCAGAAAGUAGCUAAAAGGAUCAUAAAAUCGGAAUUACCUUCAAGAGAAAGUUUAGAUAGGAACAGGAUACUUUUAACUGAGGUAUAUAAUAGACAAAUACAAUUGUUUACUCAGGUGUGGAAUGUGCUGAAUGAAGAUCAAAAAGUAGUCGUUAAGGAACAAUUUUUAUAUUUUAGGGAUAAAACAUUACAAGCGUUUGCAAUUAGUCGAUGCCCACAUAUUGUCCCAAAAGGUUUAUUCCAAAAAAUCGAGGAAGAUAACAAUGAUGGUGAGUUAGAGUUUGGAAAUUUGGAGACUGAGUCAAUAACGUCUGUAAGUAAUAAAAUGGAGGAAACUUCUGCGGGAUAUUUAAAACUCGCUAGUUCUCUAAUAAAAUCUUAUUCGGGUGAUCCAGAUAACCUAAAUGCAUUUUUAAAUUCCUUAGAUUUGGUAAAAAGUAUCACUACGACAGAAAAUUUAAAUUUAUUUGUACAAUUUAUCAAAACCAGGUUAGAAGGAAAAGCUUUGGAAGCCAUUCCUACAAAUGCGAAUACCUAUGAGGAAAUUCGAAAUGCAUUAAAGGCAAAUAUUAAACCAGAUUCUUCUGAGGUAAUAGAAGCUAGGCUUCUAGCGUUAAGAACGGAUAGGAAAAGUUUAGAAACCUUCACUAAGGAGGCAGAGGUAUUAGCCGAAUGUUUAAAACGUUCAUUAAUAAUGGAAGGAACCUCGGAUUCAAAAGCUGAAUCAAUGGUGGUAAGGAAAAUGGUUGAAACUUGUAGAAAGUCUGCUAGAUCAGAUCUGGUAAAAUCAGUUCUUGCCAGUGGAAAUUUUAACAAGCAUAAGGAAGUACUUGCAAAAUUUGUAGUUGAGAUUAGUGAUGAGGUAACGGAUAGGCAAAUUUUAGCGUAUAAUAGAAAUAAGUUCCACGGCGGUGCAGCAACGAAUCAUUAUAGAGGAAAUCACUCUAGCUGUAGUACAUCAGGAAAUUACUUUAGGGGUAGUACAUCAACAAAUCAUUUGAGAGGAAAUCAGUUUAGAGGAAAUGACCGCACAAACUUUAACCGUGACAGUAAUGGAAGAAAUUUUAACUUUAACGCAUAUAGGCCUAACCAUUUUAACCAAAAUAACCAAAAUAAUAGGGGUAGAGGUUACUCCAAACAUCCAAAUAUUAGGGUAUAUCACAAUUCGGGAAACGGGCAAAACCCAGAGCCGCACCCUCUGGGAAACAAUUAAACUACAGAGAUGUUAAUAUUUGUCACAUGAAUUUAUCUUAUUCUGAUUAUGUCAUUAUUUACUCUCCGCAAUCUCAUUCGAAUUUAACUUUUCUAGUAGAUACUCAGGCAGAUAUAUCAGUUAUUAAAAGUGGAUCUAUAACGGAUAAUAAUUCAGUUAAUAAGGAAAAUUACGUAAAUAUAAAAGGAAUAACAGAGAACACUGUUACAUCAAUUGGUUCAGUAAUCUCACCACUUUCAGUUAAUUCCCAUGCUUUUGAACAUACAUUUCAGGUAGUAGAGGAAACUUUCCCAAUCCCAGCGGAUGGAAUUUUGGGUAAAGAUUUUAUAAAGAAAUAUUAUUGCAACCUUGAUUAUGAAACAAUGAUUUUUACAAUAAAAUUUCCAUAUUUUGAGGUUAGCUUAGCGAUACAUCAAGGUCCAGAUCAGGAUGCAAUAGUAAUUCCACCCAGAUGUGAGGUAUUUAGAUCUUUUAAACUUAAAGGUACUGAUAAGGUUAUAGAAUCACAAGAAUUAGCUCCAGGUGUUUUUAUUGCGAGAACUAUUACUUCAUCUAAAAAUCCAAUUUUGAGAGUUCUAA